CUUCCUCAGCGUGACACAUCAAAAUGGCGGAUCGGGAAGAAGCGGUGAGGGAAUUCGUCGCUGUUACUGAUGUUGAUGAAGAGAGGGCCCGGUUCUUUCUCGAGUCCGCCGGCUGGGACCUGCAGCUUGCUCUUGCUAAUUUCUUUGAAGAUGGAGGAGAUGAUGAUAUUGCCACUCUUCCUCAGCCAGAGUCUGGACCUGUCACUCGACCCACAGGGCCCAGCGAACACAGAGUGACGUCCUUCAGAGAUCUGAUGCAUGAGGAUGAAGAUGAGAGUGGUGAUGAGGAAGGCCAGAGGUUUUUUGCCGGUGGCUCAGAACGCAGUGGCCAGCAGAUUGUUGGUCCUCCCAAAAAGAAGAACUCAAAUGAGCUGAUUGAGGACUUGUUUAAAGGGGCUAAGGAGCAUGGGGCUGUUCCUGUUGACAAAGCUGGCAAAGGACUUGGCGAAUCCAGCAAGUCCAAGCCGUUUGGUGGUGGUGGUUAUCGAUUGGGUGCAGCACCAGAAGAGGAGUCGACUUAUGUGGCAGGAGCCAGGAGGCAGUCUGGAAGUUCACAAGAUCAGGUGCAUGUGGUGCUGAAGCUCUGGAAGACCGGCUUUAGUCUUGAUGAAGGAGAACUGAGGACCUACAGUGAUCCUGAGAACGCUCUCUUCCUGGAGUCCAUCCGCAGAGGGGAGAUUCCUCUGGAAUUGAGGCAGCGCUUCAGAGGUGGGCAGGUAAACCUAGACAUGGAGGACCAUCGGGAUGAAGACUUCUCCAAACCCAGACUUGCUUUCAAAGCCUUUACUGGAGAGGGACAGAAACUUGGCAGUGCCACUCCAGAGCUGGUGUCUCUUCAGAGAAGCCCACAGGACCAGGCUGCCAGUGAAGCAGAGGCCAGUGCUUCCAUCAGCGUGGACACCUCUCAACCAAUCACCAGCAUCCAGAUCAGACUGGCUGACGGAGGACGGCUGGUGCAAAAGUUCAACCACACCCACAGGGUGUCUGAUGUGCGUCAGUUUGUGGCUAGCGCUCGACCUGCAUUAGCCGCCACCGAGUUCGUUCUCAUGACCACCUUCCCCAACAAGGAGCUGACGGACGAGAGCCUCACGCUGAAGGAAGCAAACCUGCUGAACGCCGUCAUCGUGCAGCGACUAAAGUGACAGCACCAUCCGUCCACCGGCCUGCACUCUGGAGUUGGAGAAAUCUGGACUGAAAGGACUUCUAAUUACAUUAUUUUGUUUUCUUUAGUGAUCUGUUAUUCCUGUGUGACAGUUUGGGGGGUGGUGGAUGUUUCAGGCUAAAAGAAGCGGAAGAUGAAGGGGAAGCAAUCGCACUGUGAUAUAGUUAAAGGGAAAAGAACCGAAGCGAAGAUCUAACAAGUUUUACGCUUUUAGAGUAACUGCUGAAUAU